AUGAAUAUCCGUCUCGCGCGUAUCGAAGAUUGCAAUGGUAUGCAAGCCUGCAACCUUCAAAAUUUACCAGAAAACUACACCAUGAAAUAUUACCUAUACCAUAUCCUGACAUGGCCUUCUCUCUCCUACGUCGCAGAAGACAGUGAAGGUCGGGUGGUUGGAUACAUCCUUGCCAAAAUGGAAGAGGAAUUGGGAGAAGAAGAUGACCCCCACGGGCAUGUAACCUCAAUAUCUGUGCUACGAACGUAUCGAAGGCUAGGGUUGGCGAAAAAGCUGAUGGUGCAAUCUCAGGAAGCUAUGGCUGCUGUUUAUCACGCCUCUUAUGUCUCACUACACGUCCGAAAAUCGAACCGUGCUGCGUUGGGUCUGUACAGGGAUACACUGGGCUUCACCGUCAAAAAUAUCGAACACAAAUAUUACGCUGAUGGCGAAGACGCCUACGCCAUGCAGCUAUCCCUAAAAUGA